AUGGGAUCUGGGUCCAAGUUCACAGAGAUUGAUCUGGGAGAUGGUAUCGAAGAAGUGUGUCCCCCGAAUUCAGAUGACGGUGAUUCAAGGGACAAUAAACAAGCUGAAUCAUCGUCCGCUGAUCCGGCCGGCUCUUUCAUGGCGAACACGGGUCUCGACUCGAAUUGUUCAAGCCGCAAACACUCGCAGUCAUCUCUCCAGUCAUCAUCCUCGAGAACAAUAUCACCGUCGACCAUCGCAGAUGUCGACGAGCACCCACUGAAGCGAGGAAGACGAGAGACAUCGCCUCCAGCCUAUCAAGACGUGGGGGCAGAAAGGAGAGAAAGCGAUUCCACGACGUCCACAAUCAGAGCCAGUACGUCGGAGUUGGAGAAUGGAAAACAACAGACCCGCGAGGAGAGAGCUGCGGGCAAGGGGUUCUUUUCCUGGCUCACCAGGACAAGGCCUCCUCCUCCAUACCCCUCCGAAAGGACCGUCUCACCCGAGUAUGCUGCCGGGAUCUUCAGCCGGCUGACAUUUCAAUGGAUGUCACCAAUGAUGUCCGUGGGUUUCCGGCGGCCUUUGAAAAUAAAUGACAUAUGGCUUCUCAAUCCUGACCGCUCUGUCGAGGCACACGCCGAUCUUGUCAGCGACGCCUUCAAGAAGGGCGUGGAAGCAGGUUACAAAGCACCCCUGUUUUGGGCCUUGUACAGCACCUUCAAAGCCGAGUUUCUCUUUGGAGGCCUGUGCCGGCUGAUCUCGGAUCUUUUUGUUGUCGGUUCUCCCUACACUCUCCGUUACCUCAUCCAGUUCGCCCUGGAGUCAUACUAUGCCAGCUUCGAGGGCGUUGGGCCACCGCCCGUUUCCCACGGCUACGGUUUAGUGCUGGGAAUUGUGUGCAUGCAGGUCGUCCAAAGCUUUUGCACAAACCACUUCUUCUACAAUGGGCACAUGGUCGGCGGUCAGACACGAGCGGUUCUCAUCACUGCCAUCUUCAACAAGUCACUGAGGAUAUCGGGGCGGGCCCGGAACGGAAUCAAGCCGCCGUCGUUCAGCGAGACACAGGCAACCCUGGUCGGCGAUGAUGAAGACCCGGCGGGACAGAAACAGGAGGCGGCGGAACCACAGGCGAAGGCGAGGCAGAUAAACGACGCAAAGAAGAAGAAGAGCUCUGCUGUUGCAGAAAUGGGAUGGUCUAAUGGGCGAGUUAUCGGCCUGAUGGCCAUUGACUCGGCACGUAUCGACGCAGCUGCGGGUUUGAUCCAUACCGUGUGGACCGCGCCGCUUAUCACCGUUAUUGCAGUGGCACUCUUGAUCGUCAACCUGAGCUACAGUGCUCUGGCGGGCCUGGCGAUCCUGAUCGUGGCGAUGGUCUUCCUCGCCAAGACGGUCGGCAACUUAUACGCCCGGCGGAAGAAGAUCAACCAGGUCACAGACAAGCGAGUAGGCCUCACUCAGGAAGUCCUGUCGGCAGUCAGACUGGUCAAGUACUUUGGCUGGGAGACUUCGUUCGUCGAGCGCAUCGUCGGCAUCCGAGCCACAGAGACAACAGCGCUGCAGUUCUUCAUGGCCUUUCGCAACAUAGUCACUGCUGUAUCGCAGACAGUGCCCAUUUUUGCAGCCAUGCUUUCCUUCGUCACAUACGCCACGACCCACAGUGGACUCUCACCAGCUGUGGUCUUUUCGUCUAUGGCCAUCUUCAACAGUCUCCGAAGCCCUUUGACGUACCUGCCGGUCUGCCUCGGCAUGGCCGUCGACGCCUGGGCAUCCAUGCAACGGAUCCAGGAAUACCUCCUGGAGGAGGAACAGGAGGUCUUCGAGGUCGAUCCCAACUUGGAGGCCGCCAUCCAUGUGAGUAGUGCUGCUUUCACAUGGGAAAAUCAGUUCUCAAAGGGGCCAGCACCGGGUGCUGGGGGGAAGACGCCCGGGAGUAUGGGAACUGAGAAGCAUGGUUCGAGUGCGACACUGGUCGAAGAGGGGCAGCCCUUUGCCCUCAGUCAAAUUAACAUUGACAUCAACCGUGGCGAGCUGGUCGCUGUCAUCGGCGGUGUUGGAUCCGGGAAGACUUCGUUGCUAUCCGCCCUGACAGGCGACAUGCGCAAGACGGAGGGCUCGGUGGUCUGGGGAGGUACCAAGGCCGUCUGUGCCCAAUACGCGUGGAUACAGAACGCUACCGUCAAGGACAACAUCAUUUUCGGCGGCCAGGUCGACGAGGCAUGGUAUCAAGUUGUUGUUCACGCAUGCUCGCUGACUGCAGACUUCGAGACGCUUCCGCACGGUGAUGCAACAGAGAUUGGCGAGCGGGGCAUCAACCUAUCCGGGGGGCAGAAGCAACGCAUCAGCCUGGCCCGAGCCGUGUAUUCCAAAGCCGACAUCCUGCUGUUAGAUGAUCCCUUGAGCGCGGUUGAUCCAUUUGUUGGCAAGUUCAUAUUCGAGACGGCCAUAUGCGGCCUCCUGAGCCACAAGACACGAGUCCUCGCGACGCACCAGAUGCACGUCCUCAGUCAGUGUGACCGCAUCAUUUGGAUGGAGAACGGCUGCGUCAGGGCCGUAGAUUCAUACCUCAACCUGAUGGUCAGCAACAAGGACUUUGCUGCCAUGGUCCAUGAAAGGGUCGCGGCGGCACAACAGGACAACGAAGCAACCGCCGACUCAGCCAUACCGACAGCAGCAGCAGCAGCUAGUCCCGUGGCCAGCGCCCCUAAUUCUGCUGCCGCGAAAGCGGCCAAGGCGGCUGCUGGCAAGCUCAAGGACCUCAUGUCGACCGAGGACCAGAAUACCAAGAGCAUCCCCUGGUCAGUGUACGCCUCGUACAUUACCUCUGCGGACUCGAUGGUGUUAGUCGCUCUCAUAAUCCCUCUCCUGUGCCUGGCCCAGGGCCUGAACAUCCUCUCCAGCCUCUGGCUGGCGUGGUGGAGUCAGGACAAGUAUGGCCUCCCGGAGAACACGUACAUCGGCAUAUAUGUCAUGCUCUGCGUCACCCAGGCUCUCUUCCUGUACGCAUUUGGCAUCUGCCUUGCCAUCACUUGCACCAGCUCCAGCAACCAGAUGCUCAACAAGGCGCUGCGGAAAAUACUGCACGCGCCCAUCGCGUUCUUUGACACGACGCCUCUCGGUCGCAUCACGAACCGCUUUUCCAAGGAUGUUGAUGUGAUGGAUUAUUCUCUGACGGAGGCUCUUCGCCUCUAUUGCAUCUCGAUAGCGAUGGUCAUCUCCAUUUUUGCCUUGAUUCUUUCUUAUUUCUACUGGUUUAUAUGUGCCCUUGUGCCCGUCAUGAUAAUAUUCUUCUUUUCGGCCGCUUACUACCGUGCAUCUGCCCGUGAAGUAAAACGGUACGAGGCGGUCCUCCGAUCUGUCGUCUUCGCACGCUUCACCGAGGGCCUGAGUGGUGUCUCGUGCAUCCGCAGCUACGACUCACAAGACCGCUUCGUGAAGACGAUCAAAGUAGCAAUAGACAACAUGGACAGUGCCAACUAUCUAACCUUUUCUAAUCAGCGGUGGCUCAACAUGCGCCUGGACCUGGUCGGCGUCAUCCUCAUCCUCACUGUGGGUAUUGUCGUUGUCCAGGAGCGCUUCACACAGUCCCCGGCCAUUUCUGGGCUGGUCCUGUCGUACAUCCUCGGCGCCACCCAGGUCCUCCAGUUCAUCGUGAGGCAGUUUGCUGAUGUUGAAAACGCGAUGAAUGCCACCGAGCGGCUCUAUUCCUACGGCAAGGACAUCCCGCAAGAGGGGGCGACCGUCAACAACGGUGUCGCACCGAGGCCGCCGACCUCGGCGUGGCCAUUUGCCGGCGAGAUCACCUUUGACAACGUGCGCAUGCGGUACAGACCCGACCUUCCCGAAGUGCUGAGAGGUUUCAACCUGCGGGUCAGUGGGAGCGAGCGCAUCGGUAUUAUCGGGCGUACUGGGGCUGGCAAGUCCAGCCUGAUCGGGGCCCUGUUCCGGAUGCAGGAGCUCAGCGGCGGGUCCAUCGCCAUUGACGGGGAGGACAUCUCAAAACUGCCUCUGGAAGCCCUUCGCUCACGGCUCUCCAUCAUCCCUCAAGACACGACGCUGUUUCGCGGCACCGUGAGGUCGAAUCUUGACCCGUUCAAUAACUGUUCCGAGUGGCAGCUGAUCCAUGCUCUGCAACAAGCCCACCUUGGCGCGCUCAACCUAGACGACAAGGUCGAGGAAGAAGGCCUCAACUUCUCCCUCGGGCAGCGGCAGCUCCUUGCACUCGCCCGGGUGCUGGUCAGGGGAAGCAGGAUUGUCGUGUGCGACGAAGCGACGUCCAACGUGGACCUGGAGACGGACGAGAAGAUCCAGAGCACAAUGCUACAGGCUUUCAAGGGCAAGACGGUGUUGACGAUUGCGCACCGGAUACGGACCAUUAUCCGCUACGACCGGAUAUGCGUCAUGCACCAAGGCCAAAUCAUCGAGCUCGGCACGCCCAGGGAGCUUUGGGAGCUGGGUGGCGUGUUCAAAGGCAUGUGUGAGAGGAGCGGCAUUGAGCAUAUGGGCUUUGCUCUGUGCGAUCUUGUCGGGUGCGCUGGUGGGAUACUGCAAAUAGUGCUUCCAAUCGACUGA